GUUACACGUCAUCACUGUGCGACUGUUUACAGUGGGCAAUGUAUGACAUGUCGCUUCAGUUCCACUCAUAGACUCUUUUUACCCCGUUGCCUUGUGUCUUAGGUAGGAUGACCAUGGAUGUGACUUUCCUGGGGACCGGCUCGGCCUACCCGUCUCCUCACCGCGGGGCCUCGGCUCUGGUGCUGCGGACACAAGGGGAGUGCUGGCUGUUUGACUGCGGGGAGGGAACCCAGACCCAACUGAUGAAGAGCCAGCUCAGAGCCGGUCGAAUCACCAAGGUUUUCAUCUCGCACUUGCAUGGAGAUCACCUGUUUGGUCUGCCUGGUCUCCUUUGCACUGUGAGCCUCAACACCAACCCCGAGCAGCAGAACCUGAACUGUGUGGACAUCUACGGGCCACGGGGCCUCCGCCACUUUCUAAGGGUGACACUUGGCCUCACAGGAUCCCAGCUGGUCUUCCCUUAUGCAGUACAUGAGCUGGAGCCCACAACUGACCAGAGUCCAGAAGAGGGACAGCUCAGCCUGGAGAUGACAGCGGAGUGUGGUCCUCUGCACCCACAGGAGCAGCCGGGCAGGACGAUCUUCCUGGAUGUCUCCAGUGACAGUUACCUCCUCUUUGAAGACAAGCAGUUUGUGGUCAAGGCCUUCAGGUUGUUUCACCGCGUCCCCUCCUUCGGUUUUUGCAUUCAGGAGCAUGAUCGACCCGGAAGACUGAAGACUGAGCUACUGAAGGAACUAGGCCUGAAACCAGGGCCGCUUUAUGGGCGGCUGAAAGCUGGUGAGCCUGUAACUCUGGAGAGCGGGCUCGUCGUUCUGUCUAGUGAGGUGCUGGAAGAAGCUAUUCCUGGUAGGAAAGUCUGCAUCUUUGGAGACUGCAGCUCAGUUCUUGGGGAAGGACCACUGAGGUUAUGCAAUGAAGCAGAUGUUCUGAUUCAUGAGGCCACACUUGGGGAUGAGCACCGAGAGAAAGCAGUGGACCACGGACACAGUACACCUGGAAUGGCGGCAGCGGUGGCUCGGGCUUGCUGUGCGCGGAGGCUGGUGCUAUACCACUUCAGCCAGAGGUACAAACCCUGCUCCUUGCAGAAGGAAGGGGACGAGGACAAUGUGUCAGAGCUCAAGAGGCAGGCGGAAGAUGCUCUACAGGACAGUGGUGUAGAAGUGACUCUGGCUGAGGACUUUCUUACUCUGCCCAUUCCUCUCAGAAGACCAUAGUAAUGAACUACUAAUGUAGUUUUUAUAUUGCCUGAUUACAUACUGACAAUCUCAGUUCAAGUUCAGCUCACUUACUAGGUUAAGCUUUCAUCUGUCGUUAUCAGUAUGAUGGAGUUUAGAUAUUUUGUAAUGAGACUGUAGAUGUUCAAAGUGGGUGAGUCUGAGCACUUUUAUGACUUAUCUUACAUUUUUGCUGAAAGAAGUUGAGCUUGACAGCUCUCUCUUGACUUUGGAAACAGCAGUCAACAAAACAAUCUCUGCUCAAGGUUCCUUUCUUGUUUUCAACCGUAUCACACAGUUUUCAUCAGCAGAUCCACUGUCAAGCCCAGACAAUUUGAAAGUUUGAACAUCUCUGUAUGAUUCCAUGACAACUGAUCAACUAAUUGCUAUACAACAAUGUAUUGACAAGUAAAUAUCCAAUUCAGACCAAAAUUCAAUCUAAUUUAUUAAGUAGAAAGUCUCUCAAUGAAAUAGCAUGAAUAAUCAAGUUGUACGUUUCGGUUGUGUUUUCUUUCAGUUUGUAGUGUUGACACAUAAAACGGUACUAAACCAAUAUAAUAUGAAUCUGAAAAAUAUGCAGCCGUCUCUAAAACUUUUAUUAUUGUUAUUUCUGGAUCUGUACACAAGGUUUUUAAGUACAACAGAAAAUACAUAAUUAUGUUUUACAAAAAUUUUAAAUGUCUAUAUUUCUGGAUGUAUGUUUUCAAAUUCCGUAGGUGUGUAUUCACAAAGGUGUAUUUUGUUUUCAUCAGUGGCUCGAGUUGUCUUUUUUCAAUACCACAACUUCUGUCAUUUAUUUUUCCUUUUUAAACUUUAAAACAAAAUAUGUAAUACAUUUGUGUAGUGUUUUCUGAAUGACAGAGAUUUCAAUAAAAUAGGGUAGUGAAUA